AUGAUGUCAAUGAAUAGCAAACAACCUUUUAGCAUGCAUCCGAUGUUACACGAGCCGAAGUACACGUCGCUUCACUCCAGUUCGGAGGCCAUCAGACGGGCAUGUUUACCAACACCCUCGUUGCAGGGAAACAUUUUCGCCGGCUUCGAUGAAACUUUGCUCCAGAGGGCAGAGGCGUUGGCAGCGGUGGACAUGGCCCAAAAAAGCCAUCCGUUCAAGCCGGACGCAACCUACCACACCAUGACGACCAUGACAAGCAUGGCCUGCACGCCCACGUCCUCGUCGGCCCAUCUUCACCACCCGUCGGUUCUGACUUCGCACCACCACCAUCCACACCAUCAGUCGACACAAGGCCUGGAUGGCGACCUCCUGGAUCACCUCACCCCCGGCAUCUCCUUGGGCGGCAUGGGCUCCGACGUGUGCUCCGGUGGCACACACCACUCGCACAUGUCAGCCAUCAACCACAUGCAACACCACCACCCGCAGAGCAUGAACAUGCACCCGCACAGCCUGGGAUCGCACAACUCGCUAGGCGGCGGUGGAGAUUCGGAGCCCGACCCCAGGGAGCUGGAGUCGUUCGCCGAGCGGUUCAAGCAGCGGCGAAUCAAGCUCGGAGUCACUCAGGCAGACGUUGGGUCAGCCUUGGCGAACCUUAAAAUCCCUGGGGUGGGCUGCCUGAGCCAGAGCACGAUUUGUCGGUUCGAGUCGCUCACCUUGUCGCACAACAACAUGGUCGCCCUCAAGCCCAUCCUGGAAGCGUGGCUGGAGGAGGCCGAGCGAGCGCAGCGGGAGAAAAUGUCAAAGCCAGAAAUCUUUAGCGGAGGCGACAAAAAGAGAAAACGCACGUCCAUCGCUGCCCCCGAGAAGCGGUCGCUGGAGGCGUACUUCGCGGUGCAGCCCCGACCCUCGUCCGAGAAGAUAGCCGCGAUAGCUGAGAAACUUGACCUGAAAAAGAACGUCGUCCGGGUGUGGUUUUGCAAUCAGCGGCAGAAGCAGAAACGGAUGAAAUUCUCAGCCACUCACUAGGACACCUCAUUUCAGACAAAUCAGACUUAAUAAUGUGGCUGGAGGCUAGAGGCUUCAUGCAACUGCCGUGUUCUCACUUAUCGGGAUGAGGUCAGAUAUCUGCGUCCUGUUCAAGACGUGUGAAGGCCAAUAUUUUAUGAGUGAAUAAUAAUCAUUUCUACAUCAUCGCCAUCACUACAGAGAUGACAUGCGUUCUGAAGUGGAACAGCGAGAACCCGACUGAUCCAUGGCAAUUACUGUACAAAAAAACUGGAAAUCGAGGAGUGAUUAUUCUCUUAGGUCAAAUGAACUUUUUUUAUAUUUAUCUAUGUAAAUAUUUGUAAAUAUAAUGCACCUCUGUGCGUGAAGAGCAUUUCAAAUUUGUUCCUUUUUAAAACAAAUGUGCAGAAAAUAUCGAAGCUUAAAAAAAUCUCAAUGUUACUGUAUGUGUUUCAGAAGAAAGUUUCGCUCUCGGCGACUCGAGGGCCCAACUGUAUUCCAUUGCACGGUUUCUCGUAUAGGGCGUUAUGUGUGCGUUUUCUAGUUAAAAAAAAUAUGAUGUUUCUCCAUUUGAAUGCAUUGCAAUAAGAGAACAUACACAAGCAAAACGCACGUACACAAGGAUAAUACACACAGUAUAUUUUCUGUGUCUACCUCAUCACAUUCGUCGUGGCACAUUAUUGGUUAUUUCUUUGAGCUAGGGAAAAUAGGAGUGUUUUUUGUUUUUUAUCACCGUCAUGUUCGAACUAGACAAGAGAUAUGUAAAUGUUGUAUGUCUCAACGAAUUUCACUGCAACUAUGCUUUGACAAUCAAAUUAAUUAGAAGAAAAACGUUGUAAGAAUUCCCCAUGUUCUCACUUAGGAACGAUCAUUUUUGGUUGCUAUUUAUUAUUAUUAUUAUUAUUAUUAUUAUUAUUAUUAUUAUUAUUAUUAUUGGAAAUUUAUUUUCAUUACAGAAAAAUAUUCAGUGCACUUUGUAGAUAUUGUUGAGAAGAGACUUGUGUCAGCCUAUUUAUGAUUAAUUUAACUGGUUUCUAUUUUUGCUUAUUUAUUUGAUCCAACCUUAUUUUUAA